AUGUUUUCAAUUUUUUGUAUAGUUAUCAUAAACAUGGAAAAACACACCACUUAUUUCUAUCGCCCCGUGCAAAACAUGCUCUGGGGCGGCGUAAAAAUCUACGACAUUGAAAAUAAGUAUCUAAACAUUUUACACAAAAUAUAUUCGUUUCUCUUGAUCGGAAUAUUUGGUUACGGCUACAUUAUAACCGAAAUAAUCCACGUUUACUAUCACAUCCACGAUAUGGAUGAGUUCACAUUGACUCUGUGCUACUUAAUUCCUCAUUUUAUCGGCAUUGGAAAGGUGAUUAUCUUCCAAGUGAAGCGGAAAUCUAUCGGUCGAUUUAUCACAUCUCUCGAACACGGCGAAUUCCUGCCGAAUUACGAACGCGGCGGUAAUGAAGAGAAAGCCAUAAUUGAUUACGCGAGAGCAAGAACAAACCUGCAAGCGAAAGUGUUUGGUAUUGCUGUCACAGCAAUGAUAAGCUCGAGGAUAAUUCAAGUUAGUUUUCAUACGAAACAGAUGAUUUACGACGAGUAUACAAAUAUGACAAAUUUUGAGCCGGUGUUUCCUUAUCCGUCAACGCUGCCAUUUCCUAUUAAUUCCGAUAAGGCUAUGGGAUACAUUUUUGUGUUUGUGUAUGAAACAUUUAGUAUGAUAUUAUUUGGAUGGUAUCUGGGUAAUUCCGAUGCAAUUAUCACCGGGUUGAUGAUUCACGUUAGAGCGCAGUUUAAAAUCGCAACGAAUGCGUUACUAACUGUAAUGGAUAAAGCUGAAAGAAAUACAAAUAUUUACCCGUCCAAAAUGUUUGAAACACUCAUUACUUUGGAAGUGUACGGAGAAAAAGAAAUAAACGCGAGUUUAAGGAGGAAAUUAAACGAUAAUUUAUUGAUUUGUGUGAAGGAUUGCAUUCGACACCACUACGCAAUUCUUGAUUUAUUGCAAAACAUGGAGAAUACUUUUAAUGAGAUGUUAUUACUUCAGUUUUUAGGUGAUUUGUUGACUAUGUGCGUUGGUUUGUAUCAAACAUCAUUGCUGCCGAUCAUGAAUCCGUCUUUCGUGAGCAUGGCAUCGUUCACGGUGGCGAUAACGUUCCAAUUGCUCAUCUACUGCUGGAACGGAAACGAGGUGUCCUUGUACAGUGAAAAAGUCGCCGAUGCCGCGUACGAUUGUCGGUGGCUGAAUGCGUCGCGCGAAGUCAAACUCAGCCUGCUGUUGAUCAUGGAACGCGCGCAGCGGCGCAGCUACCUGACGGCCGGGAAAUUCUCGAAACUUUCGCUGGAGACCUUCACGGCGAUUUUUCGUGGGUCAGUAUCGUACUUUAUGGCGUUACGAAAGUUCCAUGAAGCUGGAAUAUACGAGUAGAUAAUUUUCAUUGCGUGUGCCCCUUCAAUAGAUGUCGCUUUAUAUUAUUAGUUCAUAACUAACAUAACCAUGUCUACAAAAAUUGUUUUCUAUGUUAAUGUUUACGGUUGUGAUUUUAAUUUUAUAUUGUUUGACAUAAUCGACAAAAGUAAAGAAAAUAGAAGAUAAUUCUAUCGUAAUAACCAGCCUGAAAUAAAUUUAAUCUAUGUAGGUAUAUGUAAAACAAAGUCGUGUUAGUUAAAACAUGUAUAACUCACGAACGGCUUGAUAGAUUUUGAUGAUCUGUGAUUUAUUGGAUUUGUCUCUGCCUUGAAUAGCAGAAUAACUAUUAAACUAUCAAAAAUUAUAACUUAAAGAGUGUUUACUAAGAAAUAAAAAUUGAUAUUUAAAUUCAA